CCAGCCCGGUCCCCAURCCUUCUUUCCUUUUUUCCUACCUUUCAUCCCUCCAUCCUUUUUUCCUUCCUUCCUUCCUCCAUACCUCCCAUACCCCCGCCCAUUUGCCCACCUYCCCCACGGCCCCCCACUCUAGCAACCAAUCUCUAUGGUAUGACAAGGGGAAACGAGGAAGGUGCGGAGUCUUUUCCUCGCCAUCCGUCUGUGGAUGAGCCACAACGGCUUCCUUCCUCCAGACCAAGGAGCCCAUGUGGAUUUCCCUGCCUGCUGCCUGAUUGGCCGAGAUGGACACCGUGCCCCCUUUGGCUCUUCAGAUGAUGAAAGGGAAGAAUGUUCGCUACCUUUGACUAAGCGCAAGAGGUCCUCCGCUCCUUUGACCACUGCAAUGCUGCUGCCACAGCUGUGUCUCAAUGGCUUGGUGAGGAUGGAAAGACUCUCGUCAAGGACCUGCCUGAAGAGAUGUGCAGUCACUGAGUGCACGUUUCAUUUGUCAGCUGGACAAUCGAUGCAGAAACAAUUUCUUCAUCUUUGGUGCGUUAGCCUUUACCAAAACUAAAGAUGCUUUGACACAGUAAAGAGACUCGUCUGAAAAAAUUCCCCUUGAAAUUCACCAAAGAACCAUUUUGCAGAAAAAACCCUCAGUGCCCAUUUGGUCCUUUUGGCCCUGUGUGCCCUCCCUGGAUCUUAAAGUCGUAUGGAAAGAAAGAACCUAGAGAAGAACAGAAGGUCUCUGAGGAACAUCAACAGGUCCAAGUCGUACUGGGUGCAAUGAGUGCUCCAUGCAUUCCGUGCCAUGGAAGGCUGUGACUCACCCGUCACCUUGGGGAAGGACAAUGGGUGUGCUCUCCCUCAGCACCAGCAAUGGACUGAACUCGGUAGCUCCCACCUCCCCAGCACAGCUGCCAGCAUGGAGCCACCUGCAGUGGAGAGCCAAGGAGCCCUAGACCAGCGGCGGGGCCCUUUCCGAGAGCACUCACCUGGAAGCACUGCUGGUCCUGCUCCUGCUAGCCCCGAUGCGGAGCUUGCCGACCAAGAGGUCAGCUGCAACAAAUGCUCUGCCUCUUUCAUCAGCUUGCAGGGCUACAUGGAGCAUCACUGCCCAUCCAGCACCCGUCCACUUGUCCCCCUGCAGAAGGACUGUGGGAGCGAGACUGGAGAGGAGGGGGAGGAGGAGAGCGACGAUGUGGAGAACCUGGCUGGGGAAAUUGUCUACCAGCCAGACGGCUCAGCAUACAUUGUGGAGAGCCUCAGCCAGCUGGUCCAGAGUGGGGGACUGUGGGGGGCUGGCCACGGCGGCGGGACGCUUCCCCCUCUUUUCACAAACUCCCUUCCCAGCCCAGGGGGCAAGCAAGGCGAGGCCACGGCUGCCGCCCCCACCCCCGCCUACCCCCAGAUCAUCAACACUUUCCACAUAGCCUCGUCCUUUGGGAAGUGGUUUGAGGGCUCAGAGCCGGCCUCCCCAAAUACCUCAGCCCUGGCAGGGCUCAGUCCUGUCUUGCACAGCUUCCGUGUUUUUGAUGUGCGCUACAAAAGCAACAAGGAUUACCUGAACAGUGAUGGUUCUGCCAAAAGUUCCUGUGUAUCCAAAGAUGUUCCCAACAAUGUGGACCUGUCCAAGUUCAAUAGCUUUGUGCUGUAUGGGAAGCGGAAGCCCAUCCUGAUGUGUUUCUUGUGCAAACUUUCCUUUGGGUACGUCCGCUCAUUUGUGACCCACGCGGUUCACGACCAUCGAAUGACUCUGAGCGAGGAGGAGCGGAAAAUUCUUAGCAAUAAGAACAUCUCCGCUAUCAUCCAAGGGAUAGGCAAAGACAAGGAACCCCUUGUAAGCUUUUUGGAACCAAAAACCAAAAACUUUCCACGCCCUUUAGUUUCCACAGCAAACCUCAUAGGCCCUGGACACAGUUUCUAUGGCAAAUUCAGUGGGAUACGCAUGGAAGGGGAGGAGGGUGCCCAGGUCGGGGCUGCCAGUGGGGCAGAACAGCCCCAGUCUGGCCGCUUGGCCCCUGGGGGCCUCUUGAACCUUGGAGGGCUAACCAGUUCAGCUUUGAAGACACCGAUUACCUCAGUUCCCCUCGUACCACUGGCCUCUAGCCCACCUGUAUUUUCUGAGGGGAAGGACCCUGGGGGGGUGGCAGACGCAGAGAAGCAACAGUCUGCUGACCAACACAGCCCCUCAGAGAAAGUAGAGCCAGCUGGGGAGGAGGAGGAGGAGGAAGAGGAGGAGGAGGAAAUAGAGGAGGAGGAGGAAAUGGAGGAAGAGGAGGAAAUGGAGGAGGAGGAGGAAAUGGAGGAGGACAUGGAGGAGGAGGAGGGGUGCAAAGGGCUGUUUGCAAGUGAGCUGGAGGAUGACCUGGAGGAGAGGCCUCCGGAAGAGUCUGGGUCAGUGGCAGGCUGCAGUGGCAGCAGUGGCGGAAGCCCUAAGGACCUUGCUCUCUCAAACCAAAGCAUUUCUCCCUUAAUGCCUAACGUGCUUCAGGCUGCGUCCCAUGGCACGGCUUCUUCUAAUUCUGCUUCUUCCUUUGUCUUUGAUGGUGCAAACAGGAGGAAUUGUUUAAGCUUUAAUAGUGAAGGCAGUGAGGGCCGUAGGAGGCUGGACUUCAGCAAUGAAAGUGCCAAUAGAGACAAUGCCACAGUACCAGAACCAAAUGAGAGUGUCGAGGGUGAGGACGGGGUCUGUGUCUCUCAUCACCAGCACAUGGGGCCACUCUGUGAACUCGGGGAUGGGGAGUGCCCCUCGGGGAGCGGUGUGGAGUGCCCCAAGUGUGACACCGUCCUGGGCUCCUCGCGGUCGCUUGGCGGCCACAUGACCAUGAUGCAUUCACGAAACUCAUGCAAGACACUCAAGUGCCCCAAGUGUAACUGGCACUACAAGUACCAGCAGACGCUGGAGGCUCACAUGAAGGAGAAGCACCCGGAGUCAGGGGGCACCUGCUCCUACUGCAAAAGUGGGCAGCCUCACCCGCGGCUUGCACGGGGUGAGAGCUACACCUGUGGUUACAAGCCCUUCCGCUGCGAGGUGUGUAACUACUCCACUACUACCAAAGGCAACCUCAGUAUUCAUAUGCAGUCUGACAAGCAUCUCAACAACAUGCAAAACCUGCAGAAUGGAGGCGGGGAACAAGUUUUCAGCCACACUGCUGGAGCUGCGGCAGCGGCUGCUGCAGCGGCUGCUGCAGCAGCAGCAGCUGCCGCCGCAGCCAACAUGGGGAGUAGCUGUGGGGCCCCCUCCCCAACCAAACCAAAAAGCAAACCUACCUGGCGGUGUGAGGUGUGUGACUAUGAGACAAAUGUGGCCAGGAACCUUCGCAUCCACAUGACCAGUGAGAAGCACAUGCACAACAUGAUGCUGCUCCAACAGAACAUGAGCCAAAUGCAGCACAACCGCCACCUGGGCCUGGGCAGCCUACCUGCCGAGGCGGAGCUGUACCAGUACUACCUGGCGCAGAACAUGGCCCUUCCCAAUCUGAAGAUGGACAGCCCAGCCUCAGAGGCGCCGUUUGUGAUGGGCGGCUUCCAGCUGGACCCCAGCAAUACCAUCGCCUCCAUGGCCCCAUCUCUAGUAGGUGGAGAGAUCCCCUUGGACAUGAGGCUUGGGGGUGGACAGCUGGUCUCUGAGGAACUCAUGAACCUGGGAGAGACCUUCACGCAGACCAACGACCCCUCGCUGAAGCUCUUCCAGUGUGCCGUGUGCAACAAGUUCUCCACGGACAACCUGGACCUGCUAGGGCUGCAUAUGAACAUGGAGCGCAGCCUGCCGGAGGAGGAGUGGAAGGCAGUGGCAGGGGACUCCUACCAGUGCAAGCUGUGCCGCUACAACACGCAGCUCAAGGCCAACUUCCAGCUCCACUGCAAGACCGACAAGCAUGUACAGAAGUUCCAGCUGGUGGCCCACAUCAAGGAGGGGGGCAAGGCCAAUGAGUGGAGGCUCAAGUGUGUGGCCAUCGGGAACCCAGUGCACCUGAAGUGCAACGCUUGUGACUACUACACCAAUAGCCUGGAGAAGCUGCGACUACACACCGUGAACUCCAGGCAUGAGGCCAGCUUGAAACUCUACAAGCACCUUCAGCACCAUGAGAGUGGCAUCGAGGGGGAAGGCUGCUACUACCACUGCGUCCUCUGCAGCUACUCCACCAAGGCCAAGCUGAACCUCAUUCAGCACGUGCGCUCCAUGAAGCAUCAGCGCAGCGAGAGCCUCCGGAAGCUGCAGCGCCUGCAGAAGGGCCUUCCAGAGGAGGAGGAGGAGCUGGGCCAGAUCUUCACCAUCCAGAAGUGCCCUGUGCCUGAUGCGGAGGAGUUCAGUGAAGAUGCCGAAGGACCUGGAGAGACCGCCAUGGACCCAGAAGAGCCUGCAAAAGACCCCGAAAGCACAACAGACCAGGACCAGGUCAAAUGGAUGGCACAAGUUGCCCAGGCUGAGAAGGAGCUGACAGAGGCCCCAGCAUCGUCCAAGCGCAUUCUGCCUCCACGAAGCUCAGAGUCCCCUGUUACCAAAUGGCCCAGAACAUCAGACGAGACCAAGCUGGAACAGGUGUACCAGUGCCCCUACUGCAAGUACUGCAACACCGACGUGAACCGGCUGCGGGUGCACGCCAUGACGCAGCACUCUGUCCAGCCCAUGCUCCGAUGCCCACUCUGCCAGGACAUGCUCAGCAACAAAAUCCACCUGCAGCUGCACCUCACUCACCUGCACAGCGUGUCCCCAGACUGCGUGGAGAAGCUCAUUUUAACGGUGACGACGCCAGAGGUCAUGAUGCCCAGCAGCAUGUUCAUCCCAGCUGCAACACCAGAUCGGGAUGGGAAUGCCAGCACGGAUGAGCCAGCCAAGCUGUCCGAGACCUCGGACGACCUGAGCAAAGCCCUGCUGCUGCCACCGCCACUUUCCGAGCUCCCAGUGCGUGAGGGAGAGCCAAAGGUGCCAGACCAGGCCUUGGCCAGGGAGGAGGUGGGAUUCCUCUGCUGGAAGAAGGGCUGCAGCCAGGCCUUCAAAAGCUCCACUUCCCUCCAGGCCCACUUCAAUGAAGCGCACUCCAAGCGGCCCCAGCUUCCUGUCUCUGACCGGCACGUCUACAAAUACCGCUGCAACCAGUGCAGCCUGGCCUUCAAGACAAUUGAGAAGCUCCAGCUGCACUCCCAAUACCACGUGAUCCGUGCAGCCACCAUGUGUUGCCUCUGCCAGCGCAGCUUCCGCACUUUCCAGGCCCUCAAGAAGCAUCUGGAGAGCAGCCACCUGGAGCUGAGUGAGGCAGACAUCCAGCAGCUGUAUAGCGGGCUCAUGGUGAACGGGGACCUCUUGGCCAUGGGGGAUCCCUCACUGGCUGAGGAGCAUGGCCUGCUGACCGAGGAGGACAGGGAGGAGGAGAGCGACUCUGAGGACAAGCAGAGCCCCACAGGGAGCGACUCUGGCUCUGUGCAGGAGGACUCCGGUUCAGAACCAAAGCGGGCUCUCCCUUUCCGAAAGGGGCCAAACUUCACCAUGGAGAAGUUCCUGGACCCGUCCCGCCCGUACAAAUGCACUGUCUGCAAAGAAUCCUUCACACAGAAGAACAUUCUUCUGGUCCACUACAACUCUGUUUCCCACUUGCACAAGCUGAAGCGAGCCCUCCAAGAGUCCAGCACGGGUCAACUGGAGCCCACCAACAGCCCUGACAACAAGCCCUUCAAGUGCAGCACCUGUAGUGUGGCCUACAGCCAGAGCUCCACUCUGGAGAUCCACAUGCGCUCAGUCCUCCACCAGACCAAAGCACGGGCAGCCAAGCUGGAGGCGGUGGGGGGAGGCGCCACAGGGGGAGCGGCCAGUGGUGGCAGCAGCAUCUCCAUGGGUUCCUCCAGUCCUGUGAGCAUAAGUUCCGUCUCCACCACCACUACUGCCCCAGCCGUGGCCCCAACAUCCUUUGCCACAACCCGCACAAGCAGCACCAGUGCAGCACCCGUCCCAAGCCCACUCAGCCAAGUCUCUUGUGACAGUACGGGCAUCCCUCUGCUCAAUACACCCCUCAGUGCCAGCACCGCCCCUGCCACCACCUCCAGCUCAUCCGUGGAACCCAAAGAAGUAAACCGAAAGAAGCUGGCUGACAUGAUUGCCUCCCGGCAGCAGCAGCAACAACAGCAGCAGCAGCAGCAGCAAGCACAUAACUUGGCGCAGGCACAGGCCCAUGUUCAGGCACAGCUUCAGCAAGAACUGCAGCAACAAGCGGCACUUCUGCAGUCCCAGCUUUUCAACCCAGGGCUCCUGCCUCACUUCCCAAUGACCACUGAGACUCUCCUUCAGCUCCAGCAGCAGCAGCACCACCUUCUCUUUCCCUUCUACAUCCCCAGUGCAGAGUUUCAGCUGAACCCAGAGGUGAGCUUGCCCCCCAUGACUAGCAGCACAUUCACACUGACAGGGUCUGGGCCCAGCCUGCUGGAGGACUUAAAAGUGCAGUUGCCCCAGCUCAGCCAUCCACAGAUCCUGCAGCAGCAGCAGCAGCAACAGCAGCUUCCACCGCUGCAGCCGCCCCACUGUGUCCUCCUCCAGCAGAGUCCACACCUGGACAAGAGCAACAAAGUCGCUGGGAAGGAGAAGUGCAAGGACAAUGAGGGCCAAAGGGAGCAGGCCAACAGGGAGGAGGAGGAAAGGGGAUCCCCCAGGAAGGAUACCAUGCCAGACACCUGCCUCAAGCCUAAAGACAAACCCAAAGAGCAGGUAGCAGUGCAGGCAGGACCCUGGGAACCUUCUAUGCUUCCUCCCCGCAUAGCAUCAGAUGCGCGGGGAAAUGCCACAAAGGCCCUACUGGAAAACUUUGGGUUCGAGCUGGUCAUCCAGUACAACGAGAACAAGCAGAAAGUUCAAAAGAAGGCAGGGAAGGCAGAUCCAGGAGAAAGCGUGGAGAAGCUGGAAUGCGACUCCUGUGGCAAGUUCUUCACCAACAUCCUCAUCCUGAAGAGUCACCAAGAGCAUGUCCACCAACAUUACUUCCCCUUCAAGCAGCUAGAGAGCUUUGCCCAGCAGUAUCGUGAGCACUACGACCAGCUGUAUCCACUGCGGCCCCAGACACCCGAGCCGCCUCCCCCACCACUCCCACCGCCUCCCCCGCUGCCGCCGCCUCCCCUGCCAGCUGCGCCCCCCCAGCAGCCCCCCACACCCACCAUCCCAGUCUCAGCUCCACCCAUCUCCUCUCCCAGCAUUGUACCAGCCCAGCCAUCCCUAUCCCUCACCCAGCUUUCUAUGCCCAUGGAGCUGCCUCUCUUCUCCCCACUGAUGAUGCAGACCAUGCCCCUGCAGACCUUGCCAGCCCAGCUGCCACCACAACUGGGCCCCGUUGAGUCUCUGCCAGCAGAUCUGGCUCAGUUGUACCAGCACCAGCUCACUCCGAGCCUUCUUCAGCAGCAACAGCAGCAGCAGCAGCAAAACAAAAGGCCUCGCACGCGGAUCACCGAUGACCAGCUCCGGGUCUUGAGGCAGUACUUUGAUAUCAACAAUUCUCCAAGUGAGGAGCAGAUCAAGGAGAUGGCGGACAAGUCUGGCCUGCCCCAGAAGGUGAUCAAGCACUGGUUCCGAAACACCCUCUUCAAAGAGCGCCAGCGCAAUAAGGACUCUCCGUAUAACUUCAGCAACCCCCCUAUUACCAGCUUGGAGGACUUGAAGGUGGAUUCCCGGCCUCCCUCCCCAGAGCCCCAAAAACAUGAGUACUGGGGGAGCAAGAGGUCCUCCCGGACCCGCUUCACUGAUUACCAGCUGCGGGUCCUGCAAGACUUCUUUGAUGCCAACGCCUACCCAAAGGAUGAUGAAUUCGAACAGCUCUCUAACCUGCUCAACCUCCCUACCCGGGUGAUUGUGGUGUGGUUUCAGAAUGCACGGCAGAAGGCCCGGAAGAACUAUGAGAAUCAGGGAGAUGGGAAGGAUGGGGAGAGGCGGGAGUUGAGCAAUGACAGGUACAUCCGAACGAGCAACCUCAAUUACCAGUGCAAGAAGUGCAGCCUUGUCUUCCAGCGCAUCUUCGACCUGAUCAAGCACCAGAAGAAGCUGUGCUACAAGGAUGAGGAUGAGGAUGGCCAGGAGGACAGCCAGAACGAGGACUCCAUGGAUGCCGCAGAACUCCUAACCCCCACCAGCUCUUCUUGCAGCACCCCAAUGCCCUCGCAGGCCUAUAGCACCCCCACACCUUCCGCCAACGCUGCCUGCUCCUCCUCUUCCUCUUCCUCCUCGACUUCCUCUUCCUCCUCGACUUCCUCCUCCUUGGCCUUCCUUCCCCAAGUCACCACUGAGGCUGAUGAAGAUCUUGUCACCUAUAGUUCUAAAGUGGAAGCAACCGAUGAGAAACCAAAGCAACCUGAACCUCCAACCACACAGCAAAACCAAACUCUAGAGAAGCCAAUGCAACCAAAGCAGGAGGUGCUAGAGCAAGGAGAAGCCAAGGCUGGCUCUGGGCACCCAAAGGCCUCCCCAUCCCCCCUGCAGCAGCAGCCAGCCCAACCUCCUCAGUGCACCCUGCCUCAGUCUGACCCUGCCCCAGCCCAGCUCUCUCACCUGGCCCUUAAGCCCCUGCACACCUCCACGCCACAGCCGCUGGCCAACCUGCCUCCUCAGCUCAUCCCUUAUCAGUGUGAUCAGUGCAAGCUGGCCUUCCCCUCCUUUGAGCACUGGCAAGAGCAUCAGCAGCUUCACUUCUUGAGUGCCCAGAACCAGUUCAUUCACCCCCAGUUCCUGGACAGGACUCUCGAGAUGCCUUUCAUGCUCUUUGACCCUAGCAACCCGCUUCUGGCCAGCCAGCUGCUCUCUGGGACCCUGUCUCAGCUGCCCCUUAGUUCUGCCACCUCGCCCUCCACUCCAACCUCCACUGUCAGCACCCUAAAGAGGAAGCUGGAGGAAAAGGCCAGUGCUAGCCCUGGGGAGAAUGACAGCAGCACUGGCGGGGAGGAGCCGCAAAGGGAUAAGCGCCUCCGGACCACCAUCACCCCGGAACAGCUGGAGGUCUUGUACCAGAAGUACCUGCUGGAUUCCAACCCCACCCGGAAGAUGCUGGACCACAUCGCACAUGAAGUGGGCUUGAAGAAGCGGGUAGUACAGGUCUGGUUCCAGAACACCCGGGCCCGGGAGCGGAAGGGGCAGUUCCGGGCCCUGGGCCCUGCCCAGGCUCAUCGGCGGUGCCCCUUCUGCCGGGCACUCUUCAAAGCCAAGACGGCACUGGAAGCACACAUCCGCUCCCGGCAUUGGCACGAAGCUAAGCGGGCUGGCUACAAUUUGACUCUUUCUGCCAUGCUCUUGGAUUGUGAUGGAGGACUCCAGGGGAGGGGGGAUCUCUUUGAUGGGGCCGGCUUUUCCCAUCUGGUGACCCCCAGUGGCAGCAGCGAUGGCCAGGGCAUGCCCCUCUCCCCGGUGGGCAAGUCCCUGGACCUCUCCCCUCGGGCCCUGCUGAGUCCGUCCUCCAUCAAGGUUGAAGGGAUGGAAGAUUUUGAGAGCCCCUCCAUGUCCUCGGUCCACCUGGGCUUCGAUCCGGGCAAACUAGACAACGAUGACUGCUCCUCCGUCAACACAGCCAUCACAGACACCACUACGGGCGAUGAGGGCAACGCGGACAAUGACAGCACCACGGAAGUCAAGUGUGGAUUGGGACCGAGUGAGGGUCUGACCAAGGCCGCCAUGAUCGCUAUGUCGGAGUACGAGGACAGGCUGUCUUCUGGCCUGGUCAGCCCAGCACCCAGCUACUACAGCAAGGACUAUGAUGAGCGGACCGUGGACUACAGCGAGACCUCCAGCCUGGCAGACCCAUGCUCACCCAGCCCUGGCACAAGCGGCUCAACCGGCAAGUCCAGGGAGAGCGGGGAGCGGCUGGGACAGAAGCGCUUCCGCACACAGAUGACCAACCUCCAGCUGAAGGUGCUGAAGUUAUGCUUUAGUGACUACCGGACACCCACCAUGCUGGAAUGCGAGGUCUUGGGCAAUGACAUCGGGCUGCCCAAGAGAGUCGUCCAGGUCUGGUUCCAGAAUGCUCGUGCCAAGGACAAGAAGGCCAAGCUCAGCAUGGCCAAGCACUUUGGCAUCAACCAGACUAGCUACGAGGGGCCCAAGACAGAAUGCACUUUGUGUGGCAUCAAAUACAGCGCCCGUCUGUCUGUGCGGGACCACAUCUUCUCCCAGCAGCACAUUUCCAAAGUGAAGGACACCAUUGGCAGCCAGCUAGACAAAGAGAAGGAGUACUUUGAUCCAGCCACAGUCAGGCAGCUAAUGGCACAGCAGGAGCUAGACCGCAUAAAGAAGGCCAACGAAGUUCUUGGAAUGGCCGCUCAGCCACAAGGCAUGUUCGACGGCUCCCCACUGCAGACGCUGAACCUCCCCACCGCCUACCCAGCAACUCUUCAGGGUAUCCCACCCGUCCUUCUGCCCGGCCUCAACAGCCCCUCUUUGCCAGGCUUCACGCCCUCAAACACAGCUUUAACUUCACCCAAGCCCACCCUGAUGGCUCUCCCUGGCACAAGCGUCCCCUCGCCUGGGCUCCCCACCUCUGGAUUACCAAAUAAGCAGCCUUCGGCCACACUGAGCUCCCAUUCCCCAGCACAAGCCCCAGUGACGGCAGCAGCCCUCCAGCCCACCCCACGGAAGGACAAGGACAGUGAGAAGGCAAAAGAGAACGACAAGGCCUCCAAGGGCAAGGGGGAGCCCCCGCCACCCCCCAAGAAAGACAAAGUGGAGGCCUCGGCCCCCCCUGCUGGGGUGCUGCCAACCAUGGAAUAUGCCUUGGAGCCUAGCCAGCUCCAAGCCCUGCAGGCAGCUCUGAAUUCAGACCCCACAGCUUUGCUGACGAGCCAGUUCCUCCCCUAUUUUGUCCCCGGCUUCUCCCCCUACUACGCUCCCCAGAUUCCAGGAGCUCUGCAGAGCGGCUACCUCCAGCCCAUGUACGGCAUGGAAGGGCUGUUUCCUUACAGCCCCGCACUCUCGCAGGCCCUGCUGGGCUUGAACCCAGGGUCUCUCUUGCAGCAGUACCAGCAAUAUCAGCAGAGCCUGCAGGAAGCGCUGCAGCAGCAACAGAGGCAAGCACAGCAGCAGCAGCAGAGGUUGCUUCAGCCGCCGCAGCCACCAACCCUGCCACAGCCCAAAGGAAGCCAAAUCCCGGUCCCACCAGGGGCUGCCACCCCAGGAAAGGAUCCUGCCAAAGAACCCCCCAAACAGGAAGACCAGAAACCCACCCCCCAUGAGACGCCCCCUCUCCUGCCCAGGCCCCUGGAAGAGCCUGAGGCAGAGCGCAAUGGCGCUGUGGACCCCCUCUGCGACCCCUUCAUUGUCCCAAAGGUGCAGUACCGGCUGGUCUGCCGGAAGUGCCAGGUGGGCUUCAGCAGCCAGGAGGCGGCCAAUGACCACCAGAAGUCGUCCGUCUGCUCCUUCGGCCAGUCUGCGGCCAACUUGCAGGAGAUGGUGCUCCGCGUGCCAGCUCCGUGUGGCCAGGGUGGCGGCGGCAGCCAGUACCAGUGCGUGGCAUGCGAGAGCACGGUGUGCGGGGAAGAGGCCCUCCGACAGCACCUCGAGUCUGCCCUGCACCGACAUCGAACAAUCCCCAGAGCAGCAAGAAACGCCAAAGAGCACCCCAGCCUAUUACCUCACUCCGCCUGCCUCCCCGACCCCAGCACCACAUCUACCUCGCAGCCUGCCGCUCUCUCACACGCAGACGGCCCCGCCUCGCCCCCCUCCUCCUCCACCGCCGCCGCCACCACAACCACACCAUCGUCCCCCCACACCACCAUCGCCUCCGCUGUCGCCUCCAGGAAGUCUCGGCCCUCAGCAGCCAGCGGCCAGGGGGCCACCCUUGGCAAGCCCACGUCUCCUCCUCCUCUUCCUGCCUCCUCAUCUUCAACGGUUACCUCAAGUUCAUGCAGCACCUCAGGGGUCCAGCCCUCGAUGCCAACAGAUAAUAACUAUGUGGAGGAGCCUGACUCAGACCUUAGCCAAACGCUGGACAGGCCGGCUAGCCCGGCGAGGGAGGGGCCUGAGGGGCCGGUCUGCCCCCCCCAGGACAGCGGCGGCCUCACUGGCCCAGUAGAGAUGGACACCUUUAGAUUGUAAGCUUUGAAGAUGAACAAUUUAAACAAAAUGAAUUUUAAAAAUAUUAACAAACCAAUUUCAAAAACAGACUAAUUGCAAUUCCAAAGCUUCUAACCAAAAAAAAAAAAAGAAAAAGAAAAAAAGAAGAGCGGAGUGUGGGUUGUUUUCCCAUAUACCGAUGCCGGCAGAUUUUCCCCCAUGGCUUUCUUUCUUUGCGUUUUGGUUGUUGAGAGGCAGGUGGGACUGACCCCGGUGGCAGGGGCCCUCUGCCCGCUCCAGCACCUGCCUGCCUGUCCUUCUGUCUGUCCGUCUCUCUAUCCUUCUGUGGAGCUCCAUCCUCCCCUCUUUUCAAUACUGCUACUAAUAAUAAUAACAACGCACCCCCCAAGCCCCCUGAGAGCACAGCAGAGGCCGGCAUAACUGUAUGGGAAAGCAGACCACUUGUUACAGUUUUAGAUUUCUUGCUGUCUUAGCAUUCAGAAACCAAUGGCUUGCUAAAAGGAAAAAAAGAGAAAGAAAUGUAACGUCUUUUUAUUCUCAGGUCAAUCGCUCACACUUUGUUCGGUUUUCAGAAUCAUUGUUUUAUAUAAAUAUAUAUAUAUAAUUUCUUUUGGUUUUGAUUUUUUUUUCCAAAAAGAAAAGGAAAAUUUUGUUGUUAAUUUAAAAAAAAUGGGCAGUAAGUAUUUGUGAGAGAAACAAUGUGAACUGAGUUAGCUUUCUGGGGAUUUUAAGGGUAGCUUUUCUGCUGAAGCCAAUUUCAAGGGGGAAAAGUUCAGCACUCCCACUUUUCAAAACAAACAAACAAACAAAGGAAACAACAGCAACAGCAACACACAAAGAGUGUUAUGGACUUGGAGCUUAAACAUAAGUUUUAAAAACAACUGACUUUCUGUAUUUAUGAUAGAUAUGACCAUUUUUGGUGUUGAGUAGAUUGUUGCAUUGGAAAUGAACUGAAGCAGUAUGGUAGAUUUAAAAGAAGAAGAUGAAAAAAAGAACCCUUUUGUGUACAUUUAGCUUUUGUAUGGUCAGCUGACGGCUUCUCAUUUGGUGUUGUCUCGUCCAUUCCUAGCCAGGUAGAUCCGGCCCACCGACGCGCCGCCUAGGCUUUUCCAACCCUUUGUAUCUGACCCCUUUCGCCUCCUGUACUCUUCCACUUCCGGUCGCUGCCUUCCUUUCUUGGAGGGCAGACGCAGAAUUAUUUUAUAAAAACUAAAGAGAGAGAAAAAAAACCUCAAAGGGUUUCCAAGGGGUCAGUAGGAUCCCUUGCAGAAUAUUUUUGUUGGGGGUUCGAAACUUUUUAAGGUGUAUACAUGUCUGUUACCCUUGUGCACUUAACUCUGUCUUCUUCUCUUUCUUCUCCGCCUUUGGUUUUCCUCUUUUGGACUUCCUUUCCUCGUUUUGUAAAUGCUUCAGAGACUCCGUUUUGGAAGCGUCUUUGGCCUUUGUUGGGGUAUCUAGGGUGCACUUGUUCCUUUUCCAAGGAUUUGUCUGUUAUGUUUUUUUCRCUGCUUUGUUUGGUUUAUUCCUUUCCUCAAAAAAAAAAAAAAAGAAAUUCAUGCUUUAAAUAAAAUCCAAAGACAACCCUUUUCACCACUGGUGCAGAAUGAGCAAAAAGGAUUCUUUCGACUUCAGGAUUUKUUUCCGGUUUCAGCCGCAAGACUCAGUUUGAAGGUCACAAAGCGCAGGGGUGGGUUCCCUGGGCGCUUCCUGCCCCCCACCCAAACCCAAAGGCAUCUUGAGCGCCCCAAAGGCAAGAGGKUAGCCAGGGUCUGGGGGGGGGGGUGCUUGGCCACAGAUCCCUCUCCCCUUCUCUUCCUCCGCCCCCCCCCCCUUUUGUGACAUGGUCCAAUUUGGGAAGCGGGGAACAGAGGGUGGAGGGUCACUUCCUGGCCAGAKCUCCCGCUUCCUGCCCCUCCCCAUGGGAACACCCCUCCUCGCCCACCCCCAUUUGCAUGCUUCAAAAGGGAACAUAGACUGUGAAUAAUCUGGGGAGGGGCUGCCUCUCCUGGCCCCUUUCUACGUAGCCCCUGGAAGGACCAGAUGGGGCUGGGAGAGACACUGGCUCUGCCUUCUCCUUCCUCCCACCCUCCCAUCCGCUGCCCCUUCCCGCCUACUUAGGGCACCUCCUGAGCUUAACAGAAGACUUCACAUUGAACUGGUGUAGGCCUUUCUUGAGGAGGGAGGGAGGGAGGGAGAAAUGCAGCAUAGGGCCCUUGUAGCAUAAGUGGUCACAAAUAGGCAAGAGGCAAAGGCCUCCCCUUCACAAACACCCCUUUUCCUCCCCCGCUUGAGAUGAACAUUUUUUAAAACCUUUAUAAAAUUGUACAGUUUUGGUUUCCAUUCUUUUAACUUGUUUGUAAUUCUAUGAAUAUAUAUAUAUAGAUAUAUAUUUUUUUGCCAUUUAACUGUUGUACGUUACUCUGAACCAUAUCGGUUUGGUUUUGUUUUAAGUUCCCUGCGUGGCAUCAGUUGCCAGUUGGACACCUGCUUUCCCCAACAGGUUUGGUAGCCUGCUUUGCAUCCAUUCAGUUUCCCUCCCCUGCUCAGUGAGUUCAUGACACUCAUGAUCACCUUCUCUUUCUCCCUCCCUCCCUCCCUCCCUCUGAAGGGUGUUUCAGGGUGUCUCUCAACAUAACCCUGGGGGUCUGGCUGCUGUUGGUCUCUCCGAGAGCCAACGGUCCCCCUGGAGCACAGGAGGGCUCUCAGACUGCCCCGUCCCAACAGGCCCUCUUCCUUGGCCUUCAUCCUGUCUCCUUUGUAGCCAGACCGGGGGAGAGGGGUGCUGGCCAUGGGGCACCUGCCGCAAAGGAGAUGCCAGCCACAACCAGGCGAGUGAGUGAGUUGGAGGGGGUCCCGGCAAGGUCACAGCGGGCAGCAGGAUGGCAGGGGCUCUCUCUGACCAGAGGUGGAAGGGCCAAUGGCCCCUGGCCAGGCCAAGGGGCAGCCCUGUACGGCACUCAAGCUUUGACUGUUUUCGGUUCGGUUGAGGGGCGCAGCUGGAUAAAACCGAAAGCAUAAAUGAGGUGAAGAGGUCUAUAAACAGCCUUUGCAAUGUACAAAAACUAGAGCAAGUGAAACCAAAAAAUGAUGUUCUUGGUGUUUUUUCUAUAAUGUAGUCUUGUUAGCUUUUUUUUGUUUUGUUACUGUAACGAUGCUGAUCUCGAACUGUACCAAAACAUUUUGGAGACGGACAAAUGACAGAAAAACCACACAGAACUCUAAACAACAAGAUUUUGUCACAAAACACUUUGUUGUCAUAGUUAAGUUGAUUGUAGAUGGUAAUUGAAUAUACUCCUUUGAAAAUAUUUCAUCAAGUAUGUUUCCUGCUCAUUGUGAUACAUUAAAAAAACGAAAUGAGCAAAA